AUGAGCGAAUAUCAAUCUAGCUUCUUUGUUAAUCGAGCAUGUGUUUUUAUAAAUUCUGGAAAUGAUCCCAUGAUUCAAAAUCAGGUGAUCGAUGAUCCACAACUUAUCAAACUUACAUUCCCGCCAGAAAUUAAUUCACAUGAUUUAGUUAUUUUCCACCCCGAUGGUCGUGUUCCUAAAACUCCUAACGCCUUUAUGAUUUAUCGAAAAUUGUUUGUUGAAACUGCUCGUGCAAAUGGUUAUAAUUUGCCAAUGAAUAUUAUUUCACUAAUGGUAUCUCGAUCAUGGGAACAAGAACCAGAAGUAAAAAAAGAAUAUAAAAGAAUCGCAAAAGAAGCCUUCGAAUUUCGUAAUGAAUUAUUCCCUAAAAUAAAACCUCAAAAGAAGAGAGACCAAUGGAAAACUGUUUCAUUUGAUAAACCUUCUGUUCGUAAAAUUAGAAUUUCUAAACCUAUGAAAUCUGCCAAUAAAUCCACGAAACAUAAACAACUUGAAUCACCUGCAUCUGAACUCCAACCUACUCCUAAUAACGAUUUAUCUUCCAAGCCUGAUGAUUUAAAUGAUAUUGAUAUGAAUUCAUCAAUUUUUGACCUUGAUUUAUUUACUGAUUGGGCAGAUUUCUUAUGUAAUCAAGAUACUUAUUCGAAUCCUGACUUAUCAAUAACUUCUAGUAGCGAUAGUUCUCCUAAUCUAAAUAAUUUUAAUUUUCCAAUUCAAGCGGAUCAACAAGUUAACGAUGAUCUCAUAAAUAACCGUUUAUUCGUUAGUGAAAAGCAGUUCCCUCUAUAUGAUAGUCAAUACGGACUUGAAAUUUUCGAUUUCUCUAACGUUAAUGUUAAUGAAAUAAAUUCACAUAACCUACAUGAAAUCUUUGAUAUUCAGAACAAUUGCAUUUUAAAUAACUUGAUUAAUUCUAACGAUCAAUUAUCUUUUUUGCCUAAUUUAUUAAAUACAACAAUAAAUCAAGAUAAUUUAAACGAUGCAUUAAUCGCUUAUGAGAUGGGCUUUAAUUACCCUAUUUAA